AUGAAUAAAGAUAGCAAGAUUGCAAAUCAAGUAUCAUAUGCAUAUGAUGCACAACAAGUGGAUUUUAAUGAAGAGCAAUUUGAUGACAAUCAAAAACAAAGAGUAGAAGUAAUUGAGGACGGUCGUGUUACGACUGAUCAACAAACCACUGAAAGUUAUCAAGUUGCAGGAGAUAUUAUCGUAGACAAUAAUCAGCAAAUUUUCAGCGAAAUGAAUAAGAUCGACAUGGAUAUUUCUCCUAUUGUUGGAUAUGCUGAGGAGCCUUUGCUGCCACUUGCUGAAGCAUGUGCUCCACUGAUCGAUAUUAUUAAUAACUUAUCGGUCUAUGUGCAGCUGGCACUAGAUGAAACUCCAGAAAGUCCACCCGAUGGCUUGACAGUUGAUGAGAGCGCUGCAAUUCGUCUAUAUACGAUCGAAUGGGAACGACCACAUCGAAGCUUAUAUUCAAUGCUCAAUCACACUCUAAAAAGCACAAAUCGUGAAGAACUUCGACCCUAUUUUAAGUAUAUGAAACUAUUCUUGACAGCACUGGUCAGACUUCCGUGUGUUCCACCAUUGACUGUUUGGCGAGGAGUUACAAAAAAAUUGACUGCAGAAUUUCCACCUGGUACUCCAAUGACAUGGUGGUCAUUUUCUUCAUGUACGACAUCGCUAUCUGUAUUGGAGAAUAACAUGUAUUUGGGUACUACAGGUGCGAGAACGCUAUAUUCUGUUGAAGCCAUCAAUGGACGAACAAUACGUGCCCAUUCACAUUUCGUUACAGAAGAAGAAAUUCUUCUUCUACCCGGUACUCAUAUGAUAGUGCAAUCACAAUUGAGUCCAGCAUCUGAUCUCUAUAUCAUUCAUUUGAAACAAGUCAUACCAGAACAAACCUUACUGGAGCCUCCUUUCGAAGGUAACUUCCAAGAUUUCAGGUCCAUAUUCUAA